AUUCAUUGAGUAACAAAACUUUGAAUACAAAGUAUUUGUAUAACUUUGUAAAGUAUUUUUCAAGUAGUGUUUCCCUACGAAAGUACAGCACAAACACCAUCAUCAUCUAUGCCACUGUCAUACUGUCCCCCUUUUCCCCGGUGUUUCUUAAAUACUUUUUUAAUGAUUCCGUGUAUUCUCGACAACUAAUUAGAGACUAUCAAUGAAUUUAAGACUUAUUCUGUUUAUACUAUUCAAUACAUCCGUACAAAAGCCUAUGGUCUGGACGUUGAGCGAGCCCAAUAGCUCCGUUAGCUAUGCCACGGAUGACGUAAUAUACUCCGGGGCCGGCUGUUACGAUGAUGAUGAGGACAAUUGCCGUGAAGUGGAGGGCUCGGGUGAUGAGCUCAUAACCCCGGUGUACAUCACACGACCCCCGACAGCCACAACUCCCUAUACAAUGCCCUCAACGCACGGCUCGACCCUCAAGUGCGACACCAACGACGGGAACUGUAGCGACAGCUCCGGUAGUGGGGAUCAGGUAUUCCCGGUCUACACCACCCAAAGUUCAGUCACUCAGCAGCCCAUAUGGGACCGACCCAUCUAUCAUAUUAGCGGUACUCCCCGUCAGCCCACACAC